AUGCUAAAACUACCUGACCUGCACAUCACCGACAACACGCAGCUCGUCCCCUGUGCUGCAGUUUGUCUCCUCGUCGUAGGAAUAAUUGCUCGGGCGUUCCUUGCCAAAUCAGAGAGCGGUCUUCCUCUCCCACCUUCCCCUCCCACUUGGAGACUUAAGGGGCACUUCUUGCCGCAAUACUUCCCAUCUCUCACUAUAGCGGGAUGGAUUGAAAAAUACGGUCCUGUGGUCACCAUUCGGUCAGGAUUCGAGAGGGCCGUUUUGAUCGGCCGUUACAAAGCUGCCGUGGAUAUUAUGGAGAACCAGGGGAAAUUUACAGCUGACCGUCCUCACAGCAUUGCUGGUGGAGAAAUAUUUAACGGCGGAAUGAGUAUAGUCUUUUCACCGUUUGGGGACAGGUUCCGUCGGAUGCGUAGAGCACUUCAUUCACAUCUACAGCCUAAAGCAGCUGAAAUAUAUCAGCCCCUGCAGAUGUCACACGCAAGCAACACAGUUCUUGGCAUUCUCGAUGAUCCACACAACUUCCAGAACCACGUGACAACUUAUGCGGCAACAACAAUCAUGAAGAUUGCAUAUGGCAAGACUGUCCCUACAUCUGCGACCGAUCCCGAUGUUGUUGCACUUCGUCGACGCAUUCAGUUCGUUCAGAGGGCAAUGAUCCUGCGUCCCAACGCUUACCUAGUGGAGGUGAUCCCGUGGCUCAAAUAUCUUCCUUGGUAUGCACGAGACUUGAAACAAGAGUUUGAGAAGGAAAAGAAACUCAACAUUGGUCGGCUGAACCUCGUGAAAGAGAAAAUGCAGAUGCACAUGGACAUUGGCCCUUCGUUCAUGGGAUAUAUGCUAGAAAAUGGUCAUCUCUAUGGUUUGACAGAGACCGAGAUAGCCUUUCUUGGUGGUACCUUCUUUUCGGCUGGUUCCAGCACGACUUUUCUGGCAAUAUGCGCGGUACUCUUGGCUGCCGCGCGUUUCCCUGAGGAGCAAGCUGAAGUUCAGGCUGAACUCGAUGCGGUCAUCGGAAGGCACCAAGCACCAACAUUCGCCGACCAAGAAUCCCUUCCUCGCCUGCAAGCAUUCAUCUCUGAGGCCUUGAGAUGGAGACCACCUUUGCCUAAUGGUGCUUAUCGCACAAAUCGUGAUACGGCCCAUCAGAAAAAUUAUUGCAUUCCAGCCGGGACCACAUUGUACGCCGACCAUUGGUCGAUCUCGAGAGAUCCUGACGUCUACCCGGAGCCUGAAGAGUUCAAGCCUCAGCGUUGGAUUGACGAUCAAGGUCGCCUGAGAGAUGAUUUGAAAUUCUUCGUCUAUGGCUUUGGCCGGCGCGUAUGUCCCGGUCAACAUGUCGCGAACAGAUCGGUGUUUAUCAACUCGCUCCUCAUCUUAUGGGCUUUCCAGCUCACUCUGGAUCCUACGAAGCCGUUAAAUGACAUAGGAUUCAUGAAUGGGGCGGCGCCAGAUACCCCUCCGUGCCCAAUUGAGUUUGAGACUAGGAUUCCGGAAUCGGAGCUCAGGCGCCUGAUGCAGCAUUAUCCAUGA